UCAUCAGCACAGACCAAGCCUGCUGGACACUCAGCGCUCCUCUCGGAUAGAGCUUCACCUCAGGAAUAAACUGGAGCGGUCAUCGUCUGACCCUGUAUAUAACACCGAUUAGGGAUUUAUGAUCUGAGUGAAGGGUUUUAUGGCAGUGAGAUGGUUUGGUACUUUUUUGGCUGAGGCAUUUGGAAUUGAGUAAACAGGAUAUAACAUCACUGCUGAUGGCUGUGUGUUUAUGCACUGCACCCUCAGUGCUUCUGCUCCUCUUCGCUGAGAUUUACACAGUGUGAACCGCCUGAAGCAGAAGCCACAAUGACCGAUCCAAACACCUCCCACCAUAUGCUGAACUUUGACGAUUUCUAUGAAGCCGAUCUCAACUACACAGACUUCCUCAACUACACUGAAUUCCAUGUUGACAAGAAAACCAUCCCGUGCCAUUCCAUCUCCAUAUCGCACAUCAUCAACAUUACAGUAUGUGUUUUCUGCGCUGUGGUUUUCCUGCUGGCCAUCCCUGGAAAUCUGAUUGUGGGGUUUGUGAUUGGCUCAAACCGGCAAUCCCUUUCUCCGUCGGAGGUCUACCUUUUCCACCUGAUGGUGGCCGACUUGUUGCUAGCGCUAAUACUGCCCUUUCACGCUACUUCUGUGGUGCACGGAUGGCUGUUCGGAGACACCAUGUGCAAACUAGUCAGCUUGGUGAAGGAGGCCAGCUUCUACAGUAGCAUACUCUUCCUGGUCUGCAUUAGCAUGGACCGCUACAUGGUCAUUGUCUGGGCUAUGGAGGCCCGGAAAGCCCGGAGGAGGCUGUGCAGUUGGGCCGUAUGUGGUGCAGUUUGGUUUUUGGGUAUCUUUCUAUCCUUACCUGCUCUCUACAACGAAGCUUUCUUUCUCAAACCGUCCGAGCCACAGCUUUGCGCCGAACGCUUCGAAACGGACAGCUCAGACGAAUGGCGGCUAGCCACUCGCAUCAUGCGGCACUUGCUAGGCUUCCUCCUGCCGCUAGCCGUCAUGCUAACGUGCUAUAGCAUUACUAUAGCCAGGCUGAUGCGCACCAGAGGCUUCCAGCGCCAGAAGGCCAUGAGGGUCAUCGUAGCGGUGGUUGUGGCCUUCCUCCUCUGCUGGACGCCGUUCCACAUGGCCACCAUAGUCGACACGUUAAUGAGGGCCAACUUGAUAGCGAACAACUGCACUAAGCGUGGCAUCGUGGACGUGGCCAUGUUCGCCACACAGAGCCUGGGCCUGCUGCACUGCUGCGUCAACCCGGUGCUGUACGCCUUCGUGGGAGAGAAGUUCAGGAAAAAGUUCAUGCAGAUGCUCUACAGAAGUGGAAUGCUGGAGAGAGGCUCUGUGUCAAGGUCCACCAGGUCCAGCUCACAGUCUUCAGAGGCCACGUCCAACUUUCUUUGAGAAUGAAUGCUAACAAGGUCACUGAUCUAGAACCAUUCCAUUAUGUGGAGGUUCUUGAAAAGGUUCAUCAGACUUUAACAGGUUCAAAGGUUUUUUGUUUUUUAAGGAACCAAAACUCGUUCUUCUGUGGCAUCUCUAAAAAGAGCACUUUGCACUGCGAACAAAUAUUAUUAUAAGUAUUAUUAUAACACAAUUACUUGUCGCUUUACUGUUAAACCAAAGUUUGUUUUCACUGUAAGCGAAUAUGUGAAAAAAAAAAACUCAAAGUGCUUCCAGCCUCUUUCAUGCCGUUGUGACGUUUUGCUGACCACUGGAAGAUGAAACGAAAGUGCAAAAGGACCACUGAGUGUGAAGUGGACAGCGUACAUAGACUGCCAUGGACUUGCAUUUUACAGCAUUAUAAAUUAUAGCACGUGCCUUUACAAGUUUCUAUUACAAAAUG